AUGGCCGUUGUUGCGAUGGAUCUACCCGGCCAUUUGCACUAUGUCGCUUUGGAGGAAAUGCUGCUCUUGCGCACAUUGGAAAACCUCUUGGGGUCGGACAGCUCACCGGCAGCGUUUCUAACCAUGUGCACGCGCAAUGAGCUGAUCUGUGUGGCGCAGAAAAUGCUCCGGGGCCAACAGCGCGAGCAGUUUCUGGUCUAUGCCAAUCAGCUGGCGCAAGCCAUCACGGCGAACACAGUCGUCACGCUACCAGAGCCGGUCUCUGAGCAUAGUGCUGGACAUAGUCGGGCGGAACGCCUUGCUCGGGAUUUUCUUCAGGAAGGGCAAGCUCCCCUCUGGUCUGCAGUGCGCGAAGUAGCCCGGGAUCUAGGCUAUGCUGCAGAUACCAGAAUCAUCUCGAUGGGCUACAUCUUUCGACUAGGCCUGUACAAUAAGGGCGGGCUGGUUGGCCUCACCAGCGAAACCAAGAAGCAUCCCUGUAAUGCCACGGAAACCACGCUGCCUAGUCUGCACAUUGGUUUAUCGCACCAUAUCGAUGGCCAACUUUGGGUAGAGAGUCCGUCUGGCAGUGUGUACAUGGAGCAUUUCAAAGAAGGUUUUCUGCGUGGCACUGUUUACCCGACAAGUGCUGUUGCUAACCUGUUUCAUGGCCAGCAAUGCUAUCAUGCUACCAUGCCCUGGUCGGGUGGGGAUAGAGUGGUGCUCUUGGCUUACGUUGCUAGGCAGCAUGCGAGUGCCAUGGCCCAGUACAGGGACGAACUCGAAGCUCUUGGCUUUGUCACGCCAAGGGAACCAUGUCCUAUCAUGGCUUCGGCGGCGCCCUCUUCAGCGGACCCAGAAGCUGCGGCUGCAGAUUCCGUGCCUGCAGCUGAGUUGGCGAGGACCAGAGUUAACUACUGGACGGAUCGACGAGCCUUGGCGGCAAACCAGGAUCUGCGGGACUCUGGAACUGGCACCAGCUCCGUGACGGCAUUCUCCGCCGCAGCUCCUCUGCCGGCAGCAAUUGGUGGCUCGGCUGCAAUCGGCGCUAUAAGUUUGGUCAGCAUAGACACUGCUGUGGAUGGUGCAGUGUUGGAAAGGCAGACUCUGGUGUGGGUUCGGGAUGGAGCUCUGGAUCCGGAGGCUGCUCGUACCAAUGCGGUGCAUCAAGCAGCUGGCGUCAACGGAGUGGCAAUGGCAGGCAGCACCGAAGCUGAACCCGGCAUCUCCGAGGCCAACGCUGUUAUGGAGAUGAGUGAUGAGAAUAAUGGAGGCAACACAAUGACGCCAGGUCGUGGACAAUUUUUGACCCGAGCCAGUUCCAGCACCGAGUGCCCAUUUAUCAUUGAGGUUUCUUCUGAGGAGGACGGUGAUGAAGAUGACCUCGAACUGAUUCCAGCCAGUGGUGGAGCGACUGCAACUGAAACUGGAAGUAUAUUUGGGCCGUCCUCCGUUUCGGACCGUGCGAACAAUGGCUCCUUUUCCGGCUUGAACACUAUGGAUUAG